AAGCAGCGAGACGAUUGGUGGAUGCUAGUCCAGGCGAAAGGUUUCUUGCCCAAUCCUGAUCAUAUUCACACAAAGUAGCUAGAUGAAGGGUACUUAUUGGGUUGUCAUAUAGCACUGUGUCUAUCAACUGGGUAUCAGAAAGACACUUCCCUGAAGUUCCCUCUGUUUUUCUGUUGUGUCUGUUGCAGCACAGCCAGCCACCAUGCCUACGGACGCCCAGAGUGAUGCUCGGUCCUUCCUGAGUGAGGAGAUGAUUGCUGAAUUCAAGGCUGCUUUCGACAUGUUCGACAGCGAUGGCGGCGGUGAUAUCAGCACCAGGGAAUUGGGUCAGGUGAUGAGGAUGCUGGGCCAGAACCCAACCAGAGAGGAGUUGGCUCUGAUCAUUGAGGAGGUGGAUGAGGAUGGAAGCGGCAGCAUUGACUUUGAGGAGUUCUUGGUCAUGAUGGUGCAUCAGCUAAAGGAAGACCAGGCCGGCAAGAGUGAGGAAGAGUUAUCGGAAAUCUUCCGUAUCUUUGACAAAAAUGGCGAUGGUUUCAUUGACCGUGAGGAGUUUAAUGACAUAAUGGCUGCCACUGGAGAGCCAGUCACAGAGGAGGAAUGUGAUGAGCUUAUGACAGACGCAGACCUAAACAAGGACAACAGGAUUGAUUUUGAUGAAUUUCUGAAGAUGAUGGAGAAUGUACAGUAACAAGACCAAUAUUCCUGUGUGAUCCUUUUUGUUUGCCCAAUAUCCUGCUUGAAAUAAACAAAAGAUAUGUACCUGAAAAAAUCCUAUAUAUCGACGCUCCCAUUCAAACUACUUGCAGUAAAGAGUACCCCAAAAAAUGAAAAAGAUAGUGAAAACAGGGUUUGAGAAAAGACAAUAAUUGUGUUUCUUCACCUCUUCCUCAAUACUGCCCCUCUAAGUCUGUUGGCUGUCUGGAUAUAAAUAUAGAUCCAACCCUUUUAAGACGAUGGCUCCUUCCCCUCCCCAGCUCCUAGCCCACCCAGCUGUCCACAUUCACCUGCUCCCACUCAAGAAAUGCUACACCCCCCAGACUGUGUCUUGUCCUUCGCAACCCCUUGCAUGUAAACCCCUGUACAGUGCUUUCAAAAUAAACUUGAAUAUAAUCUUA